ACCAGUUACAGAACACACCAAUAUCACUGUAUAGCACCAUAAUGUAUAUAACCUUCACGAACAUUAAAAUCUUCCAUUUCUGAUUCAUUAUCGUCCAGUAUAUGAAUGGUAAAGGCUGCCCAUUGCGUCGAAGACGCAUGAAAAUGACCAUUUUCAACAUGCAGGUAACGUGUGGAUACCGUUUGUGAGCGUAAACGAUUAAAUAGAGCCACAUUUGUACGGCUAGCUAUACAUAAGUCAGCACUUUUUAAUGACUGUUUCUUUUUCGAAGAUUUCGAAAUCACCUUAAUGCGCUUUGAAUUGAAAACUCCAAUAUCGUGACCGUUACCAUAAAACAUUUUUAACUAUAACAUAAAAUGGUUUCGCUUAUCUGAGUCCGAAAUGAAUGACGUGCCGGUCGAGUGCAACCUGGCAUUUAUUAUAAUCUGUUUACGAGAGCUCGUGAACAGCAAAUGUUGGAUGAACCCAUUCCCGAAAUUAGGCGCAGCAGACUGGAAACAGUUAUUUUAAAUUUGAAGCUACUUCAUGAUUGGAGCUUUGGAUUAUCAUCAUGAUUUGACACCUUUGGGAGUGCACUUAGCUCGCCUGCCUUUAGAUCCCCAAAUAGGUAAAAUGAUUCUGAUGGCUGGCUUAUUCCGUUGCGCAGACCCGAUAACUUCUACUGCUGCAUGGAUAUCAUUUAAGAGCCCCUUUUAUACGCCUUUAGGUUUCGAGCAGACCGUUGACCGCGUAAAGCGCGAGUUAUCCGAUAGAAUCAGAAGCGAUCAUUUGCUUACACAUAAAGCUUUAAGGGGAUUUCGUGAGGCUCGCGAGAGUGGUCGCCUUUCAGAAUAUUGUUAUCGGAAAUUCUUAAGCAAUUCCAUUCUUACGCAAUUGGAGAACAUGAAAAAACAGUUUACCGAUCAUCUGAGACUGGCGAGGUAACACAACACACAAUGAUGAUAAAUUUAUGAAAAAUCAUAUAAUAUAACAAAAAAUUAAAUAAAAUCAUAUAACAGGGAUCUGAUGCAAAUCGAAAUAUGUCCGCCUGCCUGGUUAUAUGAAUUUUUGAUUAGCAUGUACAGGAAGCAUUGUUUUAACAAAAUUUUCAAGUCCUCAAUUUCACCAACAUUUCAAACGUUCUUAAUGCAAAUUAUUUUUCACGAAAAUAUUUUUGUCGUGUUUAAUUAUGUUGGCUAUAUGACAUCAUUUCAUCAUUUAAGCCUAGAUCAAAGACUGUUUAUGUAUAUAUUUCUGAAGAAAAUAAAGGGUGAGAAGUGUCACCGAGCUAAUUGAGUAACUUUUGAGUUUUAAUCGUAACUAUGGAUUAACUUAUCCUUAUUUAGAGGGCAACAAAUUUGUUAUAUUAUAUGGUUUAUGUCAACAUUAAGAUCAACGAUUUUACUUUAACACCCAAAAACAGUUUUACAGAAUCUGCGGAUGUAACGGCUGCAUCUUUGAAUGUUAAUUUUAAUAAUUUGCCCUUGUUAAGAGCCAUAAUCGCUUCCGGCAUCGAAAGUACCUCAUAUUUCCUUACUUGAAAAAUUUUGCGAUGUCAAGUUUAAAAUUUAAAAAUUAAAAAAAUUCUCUCGAAAUAACCCGUGGGAGCUUUACUUUUCAACUACUGAUGAAUGCCACAAAUGCAACUGAUACUCUUUGAUUGGCAAUGUCUGCUCACUUUUUCGUAUUUUUUCAAGAACCUUCUUACUGUCUUCUGGGAACAUUGUUCAAAAUACCGUCGAAGAAAGCAAAGUCAAAAUUAUUCGUAUCUUU